GGCCUCUGCAGAUGGCCUCUGCCGCCUCUCUGAUGUCGGUGUAGAGGCCAGGACUGGGCAUUGAUGCUCAUCUGCCUCCUCGCAUCCAUGGCCACCUUUGCGCAGCCAGCCUCGCCGGGGCAGCCCCGCCGCCGCACCAUUGCCCUGCUCCAUGGCACCGCCGGCUCGGCCAAAACACUUACCAUCCAGCUGGGUCCGCUCCUGCCGAAGCUGCGGGAGACGUGGGACGUGACCUUCGUCGAGGGCCCCAAGCGCUGCGCCGAGGACAACCCGCAUGUCAAAAUGAUGCGGCGCUUCUACGGGCCGUCGGCGGAGCUGCGCGAGUACGCCGAGGCGACGGCCGACGACCGCGGCUGGCGGACCUAUAACGAGCUCGACGAAGCCGUCGAGGCGCUCGAAGGCCGAGUUUCGGGGGCUGACUGCUUGCUCGGCUUCUCGCAGGGGGCCAACUUCGCGUCGAUGCUCGCGGCGCGGGCGGAACGGCGGGGCGCGCCGUUCCGCGCCGUGGUGCUGCUUUGUCCGGCGCGACCCGGCUGGGCGCGCCAACUACCUGGCGCGUUCGAGCGACCGCUGACUACGCCGGCGUUGAUUGGUGCCGGCGCGCAAGACGCAGUCGUCGGUAACGGCGACGAGCUAGCAACUCUGUUCGCACGACCGGAGCGCCGGACGCAUGCGGAGGGCCACCGGCCGCUGCCCGCGGCGGACGCGGCCGCCUACGCGGAUUCCGUGGCGCGGUUCCUGGAUUGGCACGGGCGCGCGGACGAGUAGUUGGGACGGCGUUGUGAGUUUUGUAUUAAGAAAGUUCGUUUUUA